AUGCACGUAAUUCGAAAUUGUAAUAAAUUUGCUCCGUACGUAAACAUUGUUGAACAACCGGCGAGUAAAGGAACGAGAUUUCGAUAUGAAUGCGAAGGAAGAUUUGCUGGUACUAUUUUUGGAGAAAAGACCACAUCGUUCAAUAAAUCCUUUCCUACUAUCGAAAUAGUAAAUUAUAAAGGUCCAGCACUCAUAGUUAUUUCUUGCGUAUCAAAAGAUUUACCGUAUUGGCCCCAUCCAUACAAUAUUAUUGGAAAGGCUGAUGAGAUUACAAACGGUAUUUACUCAUUUAAAACAAUUUCUGAAGAAAUGACAAUAACAUUUAACAAUCUUGGAAUACAAUGUGUCAAACGAAAGGAUAUUCAAAAGUCACUGACCGUUCGAAGAAGCUUAAAAAUUGAUCCAUUUAAUACUGGAUUCAGUCACAUGUCAAAUUCAGAAAGCAUCGACUUGUCUAGUCUCAGGCUCUGCUUCCAAGUUUAUCUAGAAGGCAAUGAAAAAGGCAAUUUUAACUUAGCCUUAAAGCCCGUCGUCUCCAAUCCAAUUUAUGACAAAAAGAGGAGAAUGAAGCCCAUAAUUAAUUUUAUAAGUCAUGAAUCAGCAUCGGUUGCUGGUGGCACCCAAAUGUGUAUAUUAUGUGAUAAGGUUACGCGAGAGAACAUACAAGUGAGAUUCUUCCAUGAUGACAAUAAUUGGCAGUCAUUGGCAGAAUUCACGCCACCUGGGAUAUUCAAACAGGCAAGGUCAAUCGUUGGAGGAUUGAUUUGA